AAACAAACAGAUCUCGUUACACAUUAACGUUUACAUCAGCAGUGCCUGAGCUUGUCGUGACCUGUUUUACAUUACACAUAUAUGUUUAGCUCACUUGUGCAGUGACUGUCGUAAGACAUUUCAUUCUAAAGAUUUAUGCUAAGAUCACUAGUGCCCAUGAAUAGUUUCAGAGCGCUUUCUUGGGAAUCAAGUGACAACAUAUUUUGUGACAAGCUGAUCAAUGUGACACAAUGAUCUGACUACCACUGUCAUUGGUAAAUCUACCCAGACCACCUCUUCAUACCCCUACCAAGUCCACACCCAGCUGACGACUGCCCACAGCGAUACAGAGGACGCUAAUCCCGCUCAGAUAUGUUGGAAUUUAUACUUGGUAACCUUGGCGGUGCCACUUUUGCACGUACUGUGCGUGAUGAUGACAUUGUGGACCAGCUACAUCAUCACGUGAUGACGACGUCGUUGUUGGUGCUGGGGAUGACUGUAGCCGGCCAACAGUUCAUGGGGAAUCCUAUCAAUUGUUGGAUCCCUGCCCAAUACGACGUGGAUGACAGCGACUACCAGGACUACGUCGACAGCUACUGCUGGAUCUCCCACAUGUACAACGUCCCCUUCACCGAGGAACUCCCCUUACACAUAGAAGACAGACUCUCAGAGGACAAGGACGUCAACUUCUACCGCUGGGUCGUCGUCAUGAUGUUCUUCCAAGCACUGCUCUUCUGGCUUCCACGGUUGAUCUGGAAGACGUGUUGUUCCUUCUGCGGGCUCAACAUCGAGAAGAUCAUCAAAAUGGCUCUCGAAGCUCAACUCCUCAGCGACGAAACCCGCCAAGAGAAGAUGUCGAAUAUAUCCGCGGCUGUGGACCGGUGGUUAGGAACAUUUAGAAAGGCUGAGACAAAACCUUUAUUGAAGGUUCUACAAACAUUGAAGGAACUGGUUGUCUUUGACAAACGUUCUGGCAAUUAUCUGACACGACAGAACCUCUUUACGAAGCUUCUGUACUUGGUGAAUGUGGUCUGUCAGUUUGAGCUUCUCAGUUCCUUCUUAGGAACCAACUACUGGAGGUACGGCACCGACGUCCUCGCCAUGUUGGCAACAGAGUCCUCCUGGACAGACGAGUCCAACUUCCCGCGAGUUGGGAUGUGUGAUUUUGAGAUUCGUCAGCUUCAAAACACCCAGAGACACACUGUCCAAUGCGCCCUUCCCAUUAAUCUGUUCCUGGAGAAAAUCUACGCCCUGCUAUGGUUCGUCAUGGCUGGUUUAUCUAUUCUGACUGCGGUGAGUCUUGUAUCUACGACAGUGUUCACCUGCAGACGGGAACAUGUGAUGAACCAGUAUGCAGUUUUAUUGGAUAAAACAUUGAAAGACAAAGAGGACCGUGGAAAUUAUAAAACAUUUGUCGAGACAUAUCUCCGUGAUGAUGGCGCCUUCGUGGUAAGAACUGUGGGUAAUAACACAAGUGAUAUAUUAGCGUUUGACCUAUUGACUCAACUCUGGUCAAAGUUCAAGGACACGUACCCAGAAAUCGAAGAGUGUCCGACAACAUCUGAAGGCAACCUAUAAACGAAAAUAUACGUAUGAAACAGGAGGAACAAACUAUCCACAAAUAUGGUCAUAUGAAUGGCAGCAAACUAACAGAUACACGUAUACAGAAUUGACAGAAUGUCAAUCUAAAUUAGA